AUGUUAAGUGCAGCUGAAGAUAUUCUCGAACAAGGACAUCAAAAUACCAUGGAUGUGGAAAGGAAAUGUCUUGAUAAAAUAAAUUCCCGUCGUUGUAUCAUUACAACAACCGGAGCAGUUUUAUUAGCCGAUAUAUUACCCUGCCUUGUUGUCAAAUUAACGUUUCCGUUUUUCAUGCAAAGGGUACCAUUUGGGAUGCGUCAUUUCAUCAUAUGCUUAUUGCAAUCACUUAGUUAUUUAAUCGUCGCUUUUUCCUCAAGUGUUGUGAUGUCCUUAACAGGAGUGGUAUUUGCCAGUGUUAGUUCUGGUCUCGGUGAAAUAACUUACCUGUCGCUGACUCCCUACUUCACUAAAAAUACUAUCUCAACAUGGUCAUCGGGUACUGGAGGUGCAGGAAUAAUAGGCGCUUUAACUUAUGCUGUCCUAACGGAGCCGCACUUUCUGAAUUUAUCACCGAAAAUAUCACUUUUGAUUAUGCUUGUUGUCCCACUGAUGUUUUCCUUAGCAUACUGGUGUUUAUUAAUAUUGCCCGAUUCGAUACAUAGAGUGAAUAUUAUGGAGCCUAGCACUUGGAUAGUACCCAAAACAUGCUUAUCUGAAACCUCUUCUAAUGGUAUCUCCAACAUGGAAACAGAAGAUGACAAAAACUCUUCAAUGUCAUCUAAGCAAGUCAAACAACGGAUACUAUCCUUUGAAGAGAUGUUGCUUGUGACACUUGUACUUUAUCAAACCGGUGUUUUCAUUUCUCGAUCUUCAGUAAACAUUUUACAAUUACCAUACUGGGCUUUAGUACUUCUUCCCAUGCUACAGUUCAUGAAUGUGGUAGUCUUUUUCUUGGAAUCACUCUACUUCUAUAUUCCACAUAUUUGGGUUCUCUUUCUGUUAAUAUUGUUCGAAGGAUUAUUCGGCGGUGCAUCCUAUGUUAACACCUUUAUUCAUAUACACAAUUUCGCAAAACCGGACGUUCGAGAAUUUUCAAUGUCUAUCAGUUCGUUGGGUGACGCGAUUGGAAUUGUCAUUGCUGGAUUCGUUUCCAUUCCACUUUAUAAUUAUGUAUGUCAGACGAGUCUACCCAUACACGUGACAGUUUGAAAAUCUUCCUCAGUUUGCCUUAUCUUAUUAGAUUCCGACUAAAUAACAUUGUCGACCCUAUUGGAUUUGACUGAGUAACAUUGUCAACUUAUCUAAUUUUGACUAAAU